ACCUGCGCCUCCAGCCGUCCCGCCGCACGCAAGGAGACUCGAAAACCUCGGGAUCAUCACAGAAAACUCCGGAAAAGCUCCGUCCGGCUCGCAGAGGCCGCCCCGAUUCGCGCGCCCCUUCGGACCGCGGUAAAGCCGAGCGUCGAUUUCUCACAGCGAGGGAGGUGAAGUUCGCCAUGCUGGCCGCGUCGCUUUGUCGCGAGGUGCACUUCAGCGUGCUGCCUUCGACGAUGAGCUCGCGCGUCCCCCGCUGCCUCUUCGGGAAGCCGAACCCGAAGGAGAGCGCCGAGAUGCUGCAGGAGGCCCUCGACGCGGAGAGGUCAAAGUUUGCCAGAAGAUGGGGCGUCGACCCCACCUCCGAGGACAAGGAGAACUUGAAGUUCGAGAGGGUCGAACGCUCCCCGAAGAAAAAGAGCAACCCAUACUCCAGGCAGACCAACAUCCACGAUUUCUGGCGCGCCCGCAAGAUGUGCGACGUCAACAAGAAGUCGAUGGCGUCGAUCGAGUCGCCCAAGCAGCAGGGCGCUGACAAGACGAAUUCUAAAUAGGCCAAGAGAGGUGCGACGACGACCGACGCGGACCUCUUCGGGGCGUCCGAGCUUGUACACAGUUCCACUGUAUAUUUAUUUCUCCGCUAUCGCCGUUAAACGCCUGUCGUCUCUGUCGUUUAGUAUUACCCGCGGCCAGCGGACUGUUAACCUACCGAGCCCCGUGUAUCGCCUUGUACAGAAUUUGCGGAUGAUUUAUGGAGGUUUAGGUGGCACCUUACCGUACACGUAUACUUAUAUAUAUACUAACAUAUAUAUGUACUCGUAUACGUGCGCACAAUAUCGACGGAGGAAACAACGCGUAUGUAAUGUCCGUACAUUGCUGGACCCUCGAGGGCCGAUUGCAUCGUUGGAAGUUAUCUCCCGACAUUGUAACUAGACACUUAGGAUAUCUUCUGCGAGGAGAAAUCGGAUUUCGAUCGCGGAAGGCGAGGAAACGCUUCGGGCAAGAUGGCGGCCAUUGGAGGGGCGAGAACUCCAGGUUGAGGCGACGCUAAAGCGGCAUUUUCGGAGGUUAAUCUCUGAAGAAUCGUCUCAAUCUCGUUUUCUGUUUCCCUCGCCGAGUCUUCUUAGCAAUGUGGCGUUACAUAGGUCGGGGUUUCGUCUUAUCUACCGUGUAAACGAGAUGAAUGUGAUAAUGCGAGAGGUAUAUAGAGGCCUUGUUUAGUGCUUUUAUACAUGUCGAUCGUGGCGAGACGACUUCUGGUCCUUUCGCGACGACCGAGAUAGUGGCCUCCGUCUUCUUCCGGUGUCCUCCCGACGCCAUCUUUCUUUCUCGAACCUCCGACCAGGGGAGACCGGAAGUGGAGACUUCUCGCAUGAUGUCGCCGUCGAUUAACGUUUUACGAUUCGUGGGGUCCACCGAGAGCCUGAAACGGUCGUUUCCCAGCGAAACGACGAUGCAGCGCCUCCAAAGACUAACUUACUAAUUUUAAAUUAAGACUCCGCGCUAUCAGGCGGAGCAGGUCCUAUGUAUAUCUGAAACUAGCGUUUAAGCAAAACCUCUAGUCAGUUAGGAGUUUAAGAGGAGUCGAAUUGA